UAGUAGUGACAGUGCUGUUGGGGAGACAUUAGCUGGCUGGUUUCAUCAUAGGUGUGUGCUUCUAGUUUGUGUUGCAAACGUACCUUUCGAAGUGUGAAGUGAAUUCAUCGCUAUUCAAUUAUGAAGGCUAUCACAGCGGUUUGUGCAUCAGGUGCCGCGAGUGUUGGUGGGGUAACAGCGGGCCGCGUGCAUCGGCAAAGGCGCGAUGUUGAAAAUGAGGAAAUACAAAUGUACUUGUCGAAAUUGAAAGAACUUGUACCGUUCAUGCCGAAGAACAGAAGAUUAUCCAAACUGGAGGUGAUCCAAUACGUCAUAGACUACAUUUGUGAUCUCCAGUACGCCCUGGAGACGCAUCCCUCUGUCGCGACGGCUGUUGGCAGCGUCGCAACUGCAGUUACCACUACGACGACCACAACAGCAGCGGCUGCCGCCCCAGUCCAGAGGCUUACGAAUUCAACGACUGUCAACACUGCUGCAAUGAGCCCCAGACAGCCCCUUGGGGUCCUAGCACCAAAUACUAUAGUCCCCAAUACGUCGUGCGCCACGCAGGAACAGAUCUCAACGACACCUAUUCAUCUGGAAAAGGUGACACCUCCUGACAGCCGACCAGUAUCCUGUUGAGUGAAGUGUCAUCUGUCAUCAUCAUCAUCAUCAUCAUCAUCAUCAUCAAUAAUAUUCAUCAAUUAGUUCCAUCAAUUGGUGUGAACAUUUGCAUCAGAGACACAGAAGUGACUGCAGAUUUUGUUUUGUUCCUGAUAAGGUGAAGAUGCUUCAUCUGAUAUUGUUUACAGCUGAAUCAUGGGAUUGAAUUGGUGUGUGUUGGACGUACUGUUUUCCAAGUACUUUUUAAUUUUGUAAUUACUACCCAUUUAUUGCAUCAUGAACGACAGUUUAAUUUGAAUUGUUUUAUUUUUGUAUUAAUGCAUAUUUCUUGAAAUAAUUCCAACAUCUGGAGAAAACAUGAUAUGAAAUGAACAAACUGAUAGUGCACUUGGUAACAUUUUCUAGUGACUUUUAUGACAAGCUUAUGCUGAUAAUUCCAGUUGUCAGAAAUUCAGCGUGAAUAUUUAAAAGACAAAUCUCAUGACGUGUGCAAUUUUGUAGAAUUUAAGUCACAUUUAUUUCGUGUAAGAUUUUUUGUUGUAAGGCUAUUUCAUGGUAUCAGCCCACAUGACUGCUUGAGACUUGCAGGCUGAGCAAUAUGUCAACAUGGCCAGUUCAUGGGGUAUAUAUGUUACGUCCAGGUUGAUUUGUUAAGUUUUCCCCCCUUAAACCUAUUCUGAAUUCUGUUUUCAUUUUGUGGGCCCAUUUUUGUACUGUAAUUUAUGAAUGCAAGCGAGGCUGGGUGCACAUUUUGUUCAUUUUGGUAGAGAGCAAAGAACUUGGAAAAGUUUCAGUAUUUACAUUCGAUAGAAAGGAAAUUCGUUUGGUUUUAGAAACAAAUACGAUAUACAGAUUUCUGUCUUCUGGGAUGUGACACCAUGUAGUCAGCUGUGGAUAUACUACCUCUGUCUUCAGAGUAGAAGGUGGAACAAGGGGGUUCCUCCAGAAAGGUAGAUCAUUUACUGGUCCAAGAAGACAGACUUCAUAAUUACCAACAUGAGAGCCCCAAGUUUUAUAUAAGUAUGAUGUAUUUUACAUGAAAUUAGUCAGUUCCCAGUUAUCAGGUAUCCAUAUAUCGAGAAUUCUCAUCCAGCUGGCAAUUGAGCUAUUCAAAAAUAAAUUUUCAGUGUGCAUAUAUUCACCUGCCACUCUGUAAUUCCAGCUGCUAUACAGCACUACCCAUCAUUUCUGUUGUGCAAGUGCUGUUACAGCAGAGGCAAGUUGAAGGUGUGUGUGUGUGAUUUAGAAUCUUCAAUCCAAUGUCAUCUACGAAGACUGCAGUGAAAACAUGUUUUGACUUUGAAUUGGGCUUGUGUAAGGGUUCUUAUCGAGCAGCCAACAAACUUGAUUACCCCAUGACUGGCAAAUAAAUGGGAGUUUACUGUGUAGUCAUUUUUUCGAAGGAGAUACUCGAGAGAAAAAAAGUUGUUAAUACCUGAGCUGUUAUAUAACAAAUUGAAGGGUGAAAAGAAAGCUUCAACAAGAAUGUUAUUGUAAAAGUUAACAGUUUACACACAGCACUCCUAACAGAAAUGGAAGUGUAUGCUAGAUUAAAAAAUUAUUUGUGAUGUCUGGAAAAUUUUGGAUGAUUAUGGUUGAAAUGAAAACAGCGUUUCUGUGAAAUAAUGAUGAUUCAUAAAUAAAACUGAAUAUCAUGAAUGUGAUAAAGUGGUGUGAGCUUGUAUUGCAUUUAAUUGUAGACUUCAGUGAUGUUAAAUUGUAAUGCAGUAAUGAAUCAGACGUUAUAAAUUAAGACAAAGACUAAUUGAUGCUUAGAAGUGCUUGUAUGAUCAAUCAAUUUGUUUUGCAAAUUGUUUAGUAUUGAAACAAAUUCUGAUCAAACAUUUUUAUAGACGAACAAAUUACCUUUUUUCAUCAUUUUACUCAGUUUCUUCUCCAGUUAUAUGUUUUAGUGUUACUUUUUUAAUACAGAUGCACACAAUAAUUUAAGUAAGGUACCUGUUUUUAUAAGUUACAGUUAUAUGUUAAUAUCACAAUUUUUUAAUUACUAUCCAUAUUUUUAUUACAACGGACUUACACUACGAGCACUUCCCGACCACAUCACGAAUGUAUGUACGUCUAAGAGAAUAUGUAAUUAAUGGAAGAAUGUAGUAAUGUGUUGAGAGGGAUGUGAAUUGCAUACAAUAACAAAUACUUCAUACAUUCGAUAUAAUAUAUGCACAUAGGUAAGAUGUCACAGCAGGUCAUGGUUUAUUUUUUACGUAACCCCCUACCCCUCUCAUCCCGUUGUUAAAGUAUUAAAACGUGUUUUUAUUUUGUUGUCUGUGAUGUUAGUCAUUUUUUUUCGUUCCUGUACAAAUGUAUAAACGUCUUGUCUAAUGUAUAUUAUAUCAUCUUACUACACAAAAUAUUAGUGGUAUUUGUACAUUUUUAAUUAUGAAAACAAAUUGUCACCAUAUUGAUUCUGUUCACAAAUUGUAAAUGUAAUAAUUGUAAUAGUAAAGAAAAGUGAGCUGUAAGGAGAGAGCUAUGUAAAGAAAAGUUAACUUCUUUCAAAUUAAACAUGGAAAUUCACAAAAUAGGUGGAGAAAACUUGCCAAAAUAA